GGGCGACAAAGUGAGACUCUGUCUCAAAAAAAAAAAAAAGGUUUGCAGCCUAAGGUAUCUUGCAGCUAUUGAGCCAUUGCAGCUGGAAAGCAGACAGUCUGUAAACAAAUGGGCUUUGUUCCAAUAUAACUUUAUUCACAUAACGGACCACUAGCCCAGGCAGUAAUUGCUAACCCCUCGCCUACAGCCUUGCAGGCUCGCAGGGGCAUUGAGUGGGCUGGAGAGCCUCUGUGGCAUUAGAGUUGAGGCAGGGCAUGAUCUGAUUUCAGUGUUCACAGGACCACCCUGCCACUGCAUGAAGAGGAGGCUGUCGGGUGUGAGGACGAGGGCAGAAUAAGGGUGACCAGUUGGGAGGUGGCAGGUGAGGGCCGCUCACCUCACAAGAUGCCUGUUAGACAUCUGGGUAGGCGUGGAGGAGGUCGCUGGACCUGCAUGGUGAGAUCUGUGUGCAGAUCAGCCGAGAGGUCUAGGUGGCAGGAUGGGGCAGCAUUUGACCUGGACACUUACCAUGGAAAGAGGGGUGAUAAGUAGGGCAGGGAGAGGAGCCCCUGAGAGACCAGAACAGUGAGGGGCAAGCGCCCCAGGCAGCUGGGACCAGGCCAAGAGCAGCCAGGAGUACUGUUAAAGGGAAGGGGUAGGGAUCAGAAUGGGGUGGGGUUGAAUGAGAGCCAGGGCAACCUGUCCUCUCCCCGCAGGGCCCAUCUUAUUAAACAGACCAGGCCACUCACUGUGGGGUGGACCAAGGACACCCCUGUCCCUGAGCCCAUGGAGCUAAGGUCUGAUGCCAGCCACAAGGAGAAUGUGUCCCCAAAGCCUGCAGUGCUCCUGAAGCCAGAGCAACGAAGAUUCCGGAGGAGCCUGGGCAUCAGCCUGAGCAGUAGACAUGACCAGUGGGUGCCCGGGUGCCAGGUGGAGAGGGGAGAGCGUGCUGCCACACCCUCCCCAGGGGCGGUGCUAGACCAGGAGCCCUGCCGAGUCCAGACCAACCUGGCCAGCCCUGGUCCCCGCCUGGGCCUAGCCCUGAAGGACACGACUGGCCGACUGGUAAAUUCAAGCGUCUGGCAACAGAGCAACCUGCAGCCUCCAGCCCGGAGGUGCCAAGGGAAGGCUCGAGAGUUUGCCAUUCAGCAGAGCAACCUGAGCAGCAGGGAGACCAGCAGCCCCCACCUCUGCCCAGAGCCUGGGGGGAGCUUUGGGCCCCACAAGCUGCCCUGGGGUCGUCUCCUAUCCCAGGAGCCACUGGCUCGCCCAUCUCCCUGUCUGAGGCAGUCCAGGCUGCCGGCCCCAGGCACCCCUAGCGGGGACUUCAGGCCCACCGAAGCCUUUGCCCCUCUUGAUGGGCACACACGGCCAGGCCUCAGAUUCUGGGGUGGCCUGGGGAGCUGGAGGUCCAGGCUGGUGGGGGAGCCUCUCACCCUGGAGGACCUGGCUAUCCCCAGUCAGAACCAGACUCGGGCCCCAUCCCAUGCUGCCAUCCAGCAGCUGCUGGCCUCUGUACGUUGCCUGGCGCAGGAGGCAGCCAGACUCAGGUGCCAGGCACCCCAGGAACCCCCCCGUGCUGUGCAGCAGGACCUCUGGACCAGCGGUGGUCAGCCACUCUCCGCCCACCAGCCUCUCCUUGCUUCCUGGGAUGAGAGGCGGAGAUGCCUUCGAGGCCAAAGGGAAACUGCAGCUUUCUUGAAGACCCCGGCUAGUCUCUCAGACUCUUGGGCACAAAGCAAGCUAAUGUCACCUGAGACCACUCUGGGGACACUGAUUGGGGAUUCCCUUAAUCCCGAGCAGGGGCUCCCUCCCGCCCACCCCCUGGGGUCAGGGGACAGCUGCUCCCCCGCGUCUCCAGAUGGCAGGGCACAGAAGGGUGACCCCAGUCUCCCUCAAGGGGUGGGAAGCAGGGGGGCCAGCUCCUGUUCCUCAGCCUUCUCCAACACAGCCUGGGGAGUCCCACCCAAGCAGAAAGGAGAGGAGGGGGCCCCGAGGGAGCGGGUCCACAGGGAGGAGGAGAGGACAGCGUUCCAUCUGCCAGACACAAUCCCAGCGAGCAAUGCCUCGAAGAACAAGGCACAAAACAUUGUAGCCCCAGAGUCUGAGGCAACCUGUCCAGGAAGUCUGAGGGAGGAGGAGAGAGCUCAGUGGCUUCUGUCACAUCCUGGGCAGAGAACAGACAGCAGAGAUGAGAGAGUCCAGAUACUGGAGGCCCUGCAACUGGCGGUCUUCUUCCUGUGGUGCCAACAGAAGGAACGGGCCAGACAGGAGAGGGAGAGUCUGCGGAAGGCCACCAGGGCCACACAGACGACAGGGAGCUUCCCCCAUGUCUGGCACUUUACUGCUGCAGGUGCAGCCUGGGUGGCGCCACUGAGCCCCCAGCACCAGAGAGCUUGGCUGUGCAGGUGCUUUGGGGCCUGGCAGCAGUUCGUGCAAAGAGGGUCCCGGUACCGAGACCACCUGGCUGACCGCCGGACAGGGACCCUGAGGAAAUGCCUGGAACAGUGGGUGCGGAUGAAACAGCUCCGGGACUCAGAUGGGGCAAAGGUGACCCAGCUGUCCCUCUGUCGGCAGAAAGCAGGACGUGCGGCUCUCCACACUGCAGGCCCUGCAGCCUGUGGCCUGGGUACAGUGGGCCAGGCCCAAGGGCUGCAGGAGCAAGGCCGGGGCUCUCUGCAGGAUGCUUGCCGGACACUGGCCCUCUGCCGGGCGCUGCUGCUGUGGAGGACGCGGCUUUUCCAGUGCCAGUGGGCCAACUCCUUCCUCCAGGGCCUGCAGCAGCGGAUGCUGCAGCGCAGCCUGAGAUGGUGGCACGUGAGGGCAUUGGGCCCAGAUGCCACAUCAAGCUGCACCAAGACCCCCUCGGCUCCGGAGCCAAUGGGCAGCAGCACAUCCCAAGGCUCUCUGGAGAAGGUUCCCAGGGCCCCCGCCCUCCCGGAGACUCUCCAGGGGAGCCUUCUGUGGGCAGCUGGGCAGCGGCAGCAGGGGCAGUGCUUUCGGCUCUGGCGGGCACGGGCCUGGCAGUUCCAGGGCACAGCCAGGUGGUACCAGCAUACCCUCCAGAGGCGCAUCUUCCUCAGCUGGAGCCGCUGGGCAACAGCCCAAGGGGCCUGGAGAGAGCUGGCUUCCCACUGGGCCUGGGAUCGGAGCUGCAGGGCUGUGCUGGGCCUGUGGCGUCGGCGGCUGCUGCAGUUGCAGCUGGUGGAGAGGUGGGCCCAGGAGCGGGGCUGGCGACUGGCACGAGAUGCCCUAUGCCACUGGCACACCUCUUGGCAGGGACAGCAGUUCCUGCAUGAAAAGUGCCAGACGUGGGUGCAGGGCCACCUCCAGGGCCUGCAGAGGGCUGUGUUUCGGAGCUGGCAGCAGGCAGCAGCUCGUCAGAGACGCACAGUGACCCGGCCAGAGCAACUGCUACUGCAGAGCUACUUCCAGGCCUGGUGUGAGGUUGUAAGAGACACAGGGGUGCUCCGGGCCCAGCGUCAAGCCUUUCAGGAUGACCUGAGGAGAAGGGCACUGGGGGCCGUGUUUGCCACAUGGCGGGAAGCCCAGGCAGCUGCAGCCGGGGCACAGGAACAGCGUGUGGCCCAGGCCUCCCUUGCCCACUGGAGAAUCUGCGGGCAGCGAGGCCAGGAAGAUGGGCAGCCGAAGAAGGCCCGGGCCCCGCAGGCCUUCCCAGCAUGGCCAGUGGCCCCGGACGUGCACCGUGAGGCCCAGCAGCAGGAAGGAGAGAGUGCUGGGGCCCAGGCAGCCUGGUGCUGGACUCGGUGCUGGACUUGGUGCUGGGCACUGUGGGCGCCCAGCUGUCGGGGCCAGGUCAGCCAAGCCCAUGCUUCCUGGAAGCUGCGAGCCUGGGUCCUAGAGGCCUCGACGCAGUCGGGGGCUUGCGGCGGUGUCCAACGAGCCAUCGUCACCCAGCUCCAUCGUACCCAGCUCCGGCAGGCUGGGCUCAGACGCUUCCUGCAGAUGGCGCAGCUCAGGGUGCGGCUUGGACUGCGGGCCAAGGCCCCAGGGGCCGGCAAGACCCGCAGCUGCUGGACACAGGCCACGGGGCUGGUGCCGCCCGCGCCAUCACUGCAGUGCAGCCUGGCUGGACAGAGGAAGCCAAGGGGAACGGCCUGGGCUCAGAGGUGCGGAGAACAUUCCCUCUGCCCUGCCUUCCAGCUCUGGCCGCAGUGGCCUGGACAGAGUAGCUGGGUCCCAGGCCUGCCCCUGUGGAUGAGGGACCAGGGACCAAGAGGACACUCCAGCCCUGAGCCCAGGGCCCUCAAAGCCCAAAGCGAGGCGCAUAAAAGGAGGCUGGGUGCUCUUUCUUGUAGGAUCCUGGAAAAGCAGGCCCAGGCCCAUGGCUCUGCCCUCCUUCCGGCCCUGAAGGGUCACGAUGCUCUUGGCCAUCAGGAGGAAGUACCUGCAGCACCAGUGCCUUAAGGCACUGCUUCAUGGGCUGCGGGGUUCCCAGCAGGCCAGGUGCCUGGCAGCAGCAUGGCAGCACUGGGUGGAUGCCCAAGGGGCAGAACAGCUGGCACGGACCCUGCUCAGAGAGUGGCACCUGAGAUCGGCCUGGCGGACGUGGUGGCAGCGGAUCCUGCGACUGCGAGUGGCUGAGCAGUUAAAGCAGCAGGAAGAUGGGCCUUUAAGAAGUGGCACCAACGCCUGGCAGCCAGGAGCCCAAGGAGAGGAGCUGCCAGUAGCCCAAGACCCUGGAGCAAGCCGGGCCCUAAGGGCCCUGAGAAGACAGAAGCUGCCGGAGCCCCGCGGGGUUGGGGGUUUGGGGCAGAGCAUGGGGCCCAGCUGCAGCUGUGACGUGUUCCCAGAGAAUAAAAAACAGAACUGAACUCGGCUUUCCCAGGCAAGGAACCAUGCCCCACACAUCCGGGGAGUGAUGACAGAGGGGACAGCUUGAAGAGCUCUGAAGGACAAUAAAACCCACUCCUCAGUCCUA